AUGAGACCAGCAGCCACUCGCUUCGCCAGCUUGGUCGCUCGUCGUGCCCUGCGCUCGCCGCUUCGCGACCAAUUGCCUGUUGGUCGCGUCAUCGCCGGCAGAGCUCCAGCUACUACCAACACAACAUGCUUCCGUCCCUUGCAUGCAUCCGCCAGCCUGCGGAGCAUCAUGCCGGACUCCGAAGACCCAAAGCCACCAGAGCUUCCCUCCCAAGAAACGCCAGUCAAAGCGACCGACAUCUCAAUGCAAGAGUUCCACGAGCGCGCAGACCAUUACCUGGGCGAGCUGCAGCAGAGGCUUGAGGAAGCACAAGAGAACGACCCAGCCAUUGAGGUGGAUUACUCAUCUGGCGUCCUCGAAGUUACAUCUCAGAGCAACACAUUUGUCUUGAACAAGCAACCCCCAAACAAGCAAAUCUGGCUCAGCUCCCCAAUAUCUGGACCAAAGCGUUUCGACUGGGUCGUGUCCCAAGAAGGUAUGGGCGAAAAGGAAGGAUGCGGUAUUGGAGACUGGGUAUAUUUGCGAGACGGCACCUCGCUGACUGAGAUUCUAAGGAAGGAGCUGGGUGUUGAUGUCAGCGUUGAUGACGAGGUUCCGCGCUGA